AUGUCAGGGCUCUGUUCCUUCGUCUUCUUGCUCCAGGGGAAAACUUUGACCAGCUGUGCUGAUACGCUCUCCCUCCGGCAUCUUCAGUACCCGGUUCCGAAAAAUUACGCUGGAGGUUUUUUCUCUAUCGUGGUGAUCGGGAGGCCUAAUCCCCACUCGCCGCGGUUAUUCUUGGCCAGUCCCCAAUCUCUCCACGCUCUCCUCUCCUCCAGCUCCUCAGAUCCGGCGACCUCCGGCUCCUCGCCGCCGCCACGGAAAUUCGGCGCCUCCGCGCCCUUUAUCGACCCAUGGAGACCCGGGUUCACUUCCUUCGACGGCUGUCCCGAAUUUCAGGCGUCGCGCGUGGCCGGAGCUGAGGACGCGUUCCUCUCCGUCUCCCGGGAGAAAGGGGAACGGCGACCCACUGGCGCAGCUGCCGUCCGGAGAUCGCUGGUGGCGACGUACCCGGUAGUUCUGUGGGAGAGGAGCAGGCGGAGGCCGGCCAUGGUGUCCUGCGUUGGCCGCGGAGGCAGGGGAAUCGCCAACGAGGCGUACAUCAGGUAUUACGAGGCGGCGCCGAAGACGGCAUUGGAGGCGGCGGCAAGCGAUCUUACCGAGCUCCAGACCAUGGGCCUCGUCUCCGACGACGGGGCAAGGAUAAGAUUCUCUUGGAUUUUAUUGUCGAGUUCCUUUACAAGUUCCCUUCAGUAGUCAUGCUAACUUGGCAGUGGCCGCUGUGGUUGGUACCAAUUGGUCUUUGUUCUUUGUAGCACUCUUGGAAAAGCAUAUCGCUGUUGCAGAUUGUGCCUUCUCGGUGAUCUUGUUGCCUUCUUGGCAUGGAAGAAACAAGGAUAUAUAUAUACCACUGUAUUUGACCUAGUGCCUGUUGUGUGGCUUCCUCUCUGAACAUCAAAUGAAGCGACAUAAAGUUGGCAUCGACGACAUUAUAUAGCUUCUUUUGUCAAAGAUUAUCAUGUCUCAUGCAUGAGCUAUAAUUAUCCCUUAUUUGAAUUGUGUAUACACUAGGCUUCACAUGUAAUUAUUGGGUCUACGCAAAUAUUAUGUGUAUUCCUUUCUUACUAAAUCUCUCAUACACUAGGCUGUCGUGAGUUGCUAGAUUUUGAAUGCACAGCAGGAUUAUGACUUUACA